AAGAGCCUAGACGAAGACAUCGGAAACCCACCUUCGUGGCGAGGCUCCGAUCCAGAGAAUUACCAACGUCCAUUCACCCACCACGCAAGCAGUCCGGUCAGAAGAACAAGGGAAAGAGGGACGAGGCGGCUGCUGCUUGGGUUAUUACCUUCACCUCCAUCACUCACCCGCUACGGUAAGACAACGGUAAGACCUGCGACGGUGGCGCAGGGGCUUGCUCACAAGACGAAUCUCUGCGUACCACACCCAAUCUAGUUCAUCUGACUCCGUUUGAAACAUGCAGAAGACUAUCAGAUCCGAGGACAUCGACACAGUUGCGGCCGCUCACGCCAUGGCCGAAGAAAGACGGAAUCAGGGUGGUUUUAGCUCUGCAUCUCAAUCCUCAAAUAUAAAAUCAUCAUUCAAGCCAGUCAUAGAUGGAUCUGUCCUUAAAAGUGACACAAGGCAGAGAUUGGCGAAGGAGCGCCGAGAAGAAAAGAAAAGACAACAAGAUGCCAACAAAGAAACACAACUGCUUGAAAAAGAAAGGAAGUCCAGGAUCCAGUAUGAAAAACUGAUGGAAGAGAAACAACGAAAGCUGAAAGAACAGAAAGAAAAGGAUGAACAGCGGAGAAUAUCCGCAGAAGAAAAAAGGAAACAAAAAUCACAGGAGGAAAGGGAGAGAUUCAAAGCCGAUGUCUACCGUACACUGGAACGGAGCAAUCGUGUUGAUCAUCGUCAAAAAAGAUGGUCGUGGGAAGGCCCUACAACCGUGAACCCUGAGACUAAAAAUGCUAAUAAACGUUCUGUAUCUACUGAAAAACUUGAACAAGAGAUUGCCGGUUUACACAAACAAAUGCCUAUGUCAUCUGCAGGUGUUCAGAAUUCUGUUGCCAAGAAAACAACAGAAAAGAGAAGUUCGUCUUUGAAUAGAAGAUCUAACAAACUGCAGUCACCUAUGGAAACAGAAAAAGUAGAAGAAAAACCAGGUGCUCGUCACCAGCAUACCAGUCUUCGGGAGAAUAAUUUAAUCAGCCGCCUGCUGGUCCCAACGAAAGCUUCAAUAGCCAGGAGCAAAAGCGCUGCUUCAUUGUUGGUCCCUGGAAAAGAAACCCCAGGCAACCGCUAUCCUGUACUACAGUAUGUGACCACGCCCCUGCGUGGCCAUAGCAGUGAUGAAUUGAAGAAUACCAUAGUGCUUCGCAAGUCAGCAAUGGCUGUGCCUCCCCAGGAGAAAGUGGGAGCACUCCCCAAGGCGAAGGUGGAAGCGCCCCCCAAGGCGAGCACGAGUAUGGAAGUGGCCUCCAAUGUGAAUGUGGGAGCGAUCCCCAAGGUGAGUGUGGAAGUGGACCCCGAGGUGAACAUGGAGGCGGCCCCCGAGGUGAAUGAAGCAACCCCCCAGGCAAGCAUGGAAGGGUCCCCUGAAGGGAGUGUGGAAGCAUCAGUUCAAGCAGGUGCGGAAGCACUCCCUGAUAGCAUGGAAACAUCCCUGGAAGUGAGCGUGGACAUGUCCCUCGAGGUGAGCGUGGACCCAUCCCCCGAGGUGAGCAUGGACUCGUCUCUCGAGAUGAGCACGGAUGCGUCCCCUGAUGGGAGCAUGCAAGUGUCAUCUGAAGCAAGCGUGGAGGCAUCUACCAAGGCUGGUAUGGCAGCGUCCCCCAAGGCUAGUGUGGAAACGCUCCCCGAAGAGAGUGUGGAAGCAUCCCCCGAGGCCUUCCUGGAGAAACCAGAAAUGGACAAACAGGCCUCCAACCCUGGUACAAAGAAGCGCCCAUCGUCACACAUACCAUGUUAUAAAUGGCCAUCUUCUCCUGCAAGUGGGCGGCGCCCACCCUCUCCCAUCAGUGUUAACAGGCAAAUGCAGAAGAAUCGCCCCCCGUCCCCAUCACCUGUCAGGUCAAAACAGUCACAACCUUCCCUUUGUUACAAAGUAAUUCCUGUUCAGCAUAACCUACUUGUGCAAAAUGUGUUAGGUACUCUUGGAAAGAAAAGAGAAGCAGUUCCUAAAACCACUAGCAGCUCUGAAGCUGUGAGCCAAAAGCAGACGGUCUGUGAAGAGCCUAGUAGUAAAAGCACACCAGGGACUAUGAAUGCUGAGGAGGCAACAAAAAUUUUGGCAGAGAAACGGCGCCUUGCUCGUGAACAAAGAGAAAAAGAAGAAAGACUACAAAAGGAAACAGAGGAAAGGAAGGUGAAGGAAAUGGCAGAGAAAGGAGUUGACACCCAAGGAGAAGAGUUCUCAAAACUCGAAGAUGGACAAAGACGCGAUGAAAUGAAGAAAGGAUGUACAGAUCCGGAAGACCAGAAAGUGCUGCUACAGAAGGGGGACACCAAAAUAAAAGCUGAUGAGGAGGCUGACAAACGCAAGAAGGAGCACGAGAGAAUUAUGUUACAGAAUUUGCAGGAGAGAUUAGAAAGAAAAAAGAGAAUUGAGGAAAUUAUGAAGCGGACAAGAAAGACAUAUUCAAAUACCUCCCAGGCUGCAGAAACAUUCGGUGACAACACAUACGAGGAGGACGAAGCAGAUGAUGAGGACGAGUCAGAAAGCGAUGAUGACUCCUUCGAUGACCUACAUCCAUCAGCCUUUAUAAAUGGCAUGGAUUCAUCCACAAAAUUCAAAACACAUUUUAAAAACAUGAAGAAGAACACUCCCAAGCUGGUGUUUUUAGACGCCACUUCUGGCCAAGUCCAUAGAGAGACAAAAACAUUUUUUAAUGGCGACAUGAAAACCUUCAGACAAAAAAGUGCGAAAAACCCUUUGACUCAGGCGAAGGGUACCAGACCGUCCAGCAAAAGAAUGAGCAGCCGAGCAACAAAAACCAGAAAGACAUGUAAACUUCGUGCAGCCCAGAGGAAGAUUCAUCCUCCGCUCUGGAUUUCAAUUGCUAGGCCCAUCUCCCCACAUUUCUCUGCCUCUGACUUGAACCUGGCCAAGAAAAUGACCAUCCAAGAAGGAGAAAAACAUCAGUCACCUUAACACGUGUCUCAAAAGAUGCGCAUACCACCUUGAUUCUUGCCCACAGCAAGGGUUUUGAGUAAAGACCUGUUUUUGUUUGUCUGUAGAAA